AUGACCCGUCUUUCCAAGUUUGCCGCCCUUGCCGCCGGCGCCGCGCUGAUCGCCACGGCGGCCACCACCGCCGGCCAUGCCGGCAUGAAGCGCCACGGCAUUGCCGCCGCCGGCACCAUGCAGCUGGCUGCCAAGGCCGGAGGCGGGUCGGCCGCCGACGGCUAUCCGACGCCGGGCAAGGCGUUCGAGGCCUGCGGCGGCGCCGGCAAUGUCUUCGUGAUGUAUGACGAACUGCCCGACGGUACCCGGCGUCAAUUGCCCGCGUCAAGCGAUAUUGACCGCAUGCGCGAUACGGACAUCAUGGGCGGCGGAUGGCCAGUCCGGCGCAUGUCCGGAGCGAAGCGGCGGACCGAUGCGCCGCGCGGCGCUGGCGGCAAGGAGGAACGGCUGGCGGCGGAACUGCGCGCCAAUCUGCAAAAGCGCAAAGCCCAGGCGCGCGCCCGCCGGGCGGGCGAUGCCGAUUGCCGUGACGAGGGCAUUGCCGCCGCCAAGGCGGGCGUCGGGCGGCGGCCCGCUGCCGCAGAGCCGUCCGGAUGGGGCGCACGCAGCAAGGGGACCAGUUUCCAGAUGGACAGCAUUCGCAUCGUCGGCGGCCAUGAACUGAACGGCACAAUUCCGAUUUCGGGCGCCAAGAACGCGGCGCUGCCGCUGAUGAUCGCCUCGCUCCUGACCGACGAUACGCUGACGCUGGAGAACGUGCCGCAUCUUGCCGAUGUCGAGCAGCUGAUCCGCAUUCUGAGCAAUCACGGCGUCGACUAUGCGGUGAAGGGCCGGCGCCGGGCCGAGGGGCAGGGCUAUGCCCGCACGGUCGAUUUCACCGCGCGCGACAUCGUCGACAUCACCGCGCCCUACGAGCUUGUCUCGAAGAUGCGCGCCAGCUUCUGGGUGAUCGGGCCGCUUCUGGCGCGGAUGGGCGAGGCCCGCGUGUCGCUGCCGGGCGGCUGCGCCAUCGGCACCCGGCCGGUCGAUCUGUUCAUCGAGGUGCUCGAGGCGCUCGGCGCGCAGAUCGAGAUCGAAAACGGCUAUGUGCAUGCGACGGCGGGCAGCGGGCUGACCGGCGCGCAUUACCGCUUCCCCAAGGUUUCGGUCGGCGCGACCCAUGUGGCGCUGAUGGCGGCUUCGCUCGCCAACGGCCAGACGGUGAUCGACAAUGCGGCCUGCGAGCCCGAAGUGGUGUGCCUCGCCGAAUGCCUGAACGCCAUGGGCGCGAAGAUCGAAGGCGCCGGCACGCGCACCAUCACCAUCGACGGCGUCACCUCGCUUUCGGGGGCGCGGCACCGGGUGAUCGCCGACCGGAUCGAAACCGGCACCUAUGCGAUGGCGGUCGGCAUGACCGGGGGCAACGUGCUGCUCAAGGGCGCCGAAGCGUCGAGCUGGCAGACGGCCGUCGACGUUCUGGGCGAGACCGGGAUCGACAUCACGGCCGAAGAGGACGGCCUGCGCGUCUACCGCAACGGCAACGGGCUGAAGGCGGCCGAUGUGACGACCGAGCCCUUUCCGGGCUUUCCGACCGAUCUGCAGGCGCAGUUCAUGGGGCUGAUGACCAAGGCGAACGGCGUCUCGCACAUCACCGAGACGAUCUUCGAGAACCGGUUCAUGCACGUUCAGGAGCUGGCGCGGCUGGGUGCCGACAUCACGCUGAACGGCCAGACGGCGACCGUGACCGGCGUUCCGGUGCUCAAGGGCGCGCCGGUGAUGGCGACCGAUCUGCGCGCUUCGGUGUCGCUGGUCAUUGCCGGCCUUGCCGCCGAAGGCGAAACCCGUGUCAACCGGGUCUACCAUCUGGACCGGGGUUUUGAGCGCCUGGAAGAGAAGCUCGGCGCCUGCGGCGCGGAAAUCGCGCGUGACGGACCGAUGGACGGCUUGAAACUGAUGGCGCUGGACGCGUCCGAUCUGACGGUGAUCUCCGCGCAGAUGCAGGACGCGAUCACCAAGCCCGACCAGAUCGACUACGCGCCGGGCGCAAAGCGCUUGACCAUCGUCGCCAACCGGUUCGCAUGGGAUGCCGAAAAGGGCGGCGGCUCGGCCACGCACGAGCGGCGCAAGACCGCGCUGUCGUUCGCCCGCGUCACCGGCGUCCGGACGAUCGGCAUCCGGCGCGGCGAUGACAGCCAGGCGCUGUCGCUUCUGGCGAUCCGCUUUCAUCCCGGCGAGGCGCCGGCCGGCACGAUCGAACUGAUCUUUGCCGACGACGCGGCGAUCCGGCUCGAUGUCGAGGUGAUCGAGGCGCAGAUGGCCGAUCUGGGAUCGUUCGCCGUGCCGCAUUUUCUCGACAGCGCAGACCGCGAUUUUCCCGCCCGUUUCGGUGCAUUUCUGGGGCUGAAGCGGGAAGUGUCGGCCGAUGUCGAAGCGACAGUGCGCGCGAUCAUCGACGAUGUGCGCCAGAACGGCGAUGAAGCGCUGGCGCGGCUGACCAAGAAGUUCGACCGGCUGGAUUUGAGUGCGGUGCCGAUGCGCGUCGGCGCCGACGAGGUGGCUGAAGCCGUCGCCGGGAUCGACGCCGAAACGCUGGAGGCGCUGACCCUGGCGCGCGACCGCAUCCGGUCGCACCAUGGCCGGCAGAUGCCCAAGGACGACAUUUACACCGACGCGAUCGGCGUGACGCUUGGCGGCCGCUGGACGGCCGUCGAGGCGGUCGGGCUCUACGUUCCCGGCGGGACGGCGGCCUAUCCCUCGUCCGUGUUGAUGAACGCGGUGCCAGCGGUCGUCGCCGGCGUCAAGCGCAUCGUCAUGGUCGUGCCAUCGCCCGACGGUGUGCUCAACCCGCUGGUGCUGGCGGCGGCCGAUCUGGCCGGCGUCACCGAGAUCUACCGGAUCGGCGGGGCGCAGGCGGUGGCCGCGCUCGCCCAUGGCACCGGGACGAUCGCGCCGGUCGCCAAGAUCGUCGGACCGGGCAACGCCUAUGUGGCGGCGGCCAAGCGCGCCGUUUUCGGCACGGUCGGCAUCGACAUGAUCGCCGGCCCCUCCGAAGUGCUGGUCGUCGCCGACGGCGACAACGAUCCCGACUGGAUCGCCGCCGACCUUCUGGCCCAGGCCGAGCAUGACGCAAACGCGCAAUCGAUCCUGAUCACCGACGAUGCGGGCUUUGCCGACGCGGUGGCCGGCGCGGUCGAGCGGCAAUUGACCACGCUGGCGCGCGGCGAGACCGCGGCGGCGAGCUGGCGCGAUUUCGGCGGCAUCGUCACGGUCGACGACAUCCAUUCCGGCGACACGCUCGCGCUGAUCGACCGCAUCGCCGCCGAACAUCUGGAACUGGCCUGCGAGAAUGCCGACGAUCUGGCGAACCGGGUCACCAAUGCGGGCGCGAUCUUCGUCGGCCGGCACACGCCCGAAGUGAUCGGCGACUAUGUGGGCGGCUCCAACCAUGUGCUGCCGACGGCCCGGUCGGCGCGUUUUUCGUCGGGACUUUCGGUGCUCGAUUUCGUCAAGCGCACCUCGAUCCUGAAACUCGGCCCGGACCAGCUUCGCGCGCUCGGCCCCGCCGCGAUCCGGCUCGCCGAGGCCGAGGGUCUGGGCGCCCAUGCGCGCUCGGUCGCCAUCCGCAUGAACCCGGGAGGGUCGACGCCCGAUGUGGAGCAUGAGCGCGCCGUCGCGAUCUUCGACCUGAUCGAGGAAAACCGGUUCAAGCCGGUGGGCGAUGCGGGCAAUGGCCCCUACACGCUGCAUCUGUCGGUGGUCGACGGCAAGCUGGUCUUCGCCGUCAAGCGCGAGGGUGGCGAGGACGUUGCCACGCACAUCCUGUCGCUCGGCGAUCAAGAGUGCGACGACGAGCCAGAUCGAGACGAUCGACAUGGCCCGGCGCGGCGUUCACAAUGA